GCUAAAAUAAUGGGAUACACACCAAAGAGAAAACUAUUAAAAGAAGAUGCACUGCCUACAAUAUUUGAUGACAGCAAGCCCAAGAAAAUAAGGGAAAGUAGUUCAAAAAGAUAUGAGAAAAAGGAAAAGCAGGAGCUAAUCAAUCGUCUUCUGGAAAACACAUGUACAGAACCUUGUGACCAACCUGGACCAUCAACAUCUAAGGAAACGGAUGUACCAAUAAAUCAAAGAAAGAGAAAACUACCAGGAAAAAUAAAAUCCUCCAAAAAAAUAAAGCUCAAUGAAGACAUGGAUAUCCCAGUUUUUAUCCAUACUGAAGAUAAAUCAACUUCCUGCAACAUAGAGAUCGAAUUGCCCAAUCAUUGUUCAGCAUGUGUGCUAAGGAAUGAUCCAACGAUCUCAAUAUCAGAUCAUGCUUAUUUCAAAACUCCAACUCUCACAUCUACACCUAUGAAAAAGCCUGUCACAGAUUCCUUACAACAUGUACAUUCUCUGCGACUUGAAAGAAUGUCACAAUGUCCACAAGAGCACCAAUUUUUAUCAUUUCUUCUGUCAUUUUCAUCAAUCCAUUCCAAAUCACUAGUGUUUUCAUUUGAAGCUGCCAAUAAUUCCUCUUCAUUAAACUCGGGCUCAUAUUGAUAUCCUUUGCAGUCAGACAUGACCAGCUGCUUUCACUCGGAGGCAACUGCCCGGUAUACGUCAUAAGCAGAUGGGAUUGUGGGAAAUAUCUUAAAGAGCGAUAACUUUAUCUUGCAAAAUGGCAGCCUCCAGCAGCUGAUGUUUAGCUCUAUUUAUGAGCUGAUUUCUACACAACUGAUUACAAUCAGAUAAAAAUAACCAGUGGGAUUAAUUACCAACUAUAAAGUAUUUAAGAUGUGAAAUUUUUUUUUUAUACCAUACGUUCCCUUUAAUUAACCUUCGUUUAAGAGGAUGAUGGUACUCGACACAAAGCAUGCGAUUGACCUGGCGGUGUGUCGUAUUUUAUCAAUUUCAGCUAAUUCCUUGUGUUAUUGACACUUAUUAGAUAUAGUACAUACAUUAUGAGUGCGUAUCAUCUAUCCUUCUCUGUUUAGUAAACCAGCAGUGAUAAAAGAAUUAGAUAGGUUACGUUAGGAAAUGUUUUGGUUCCAGCUGACAAACCUCGAAGCAACAGUGUUUGUAAGGCUCAUUUUAAAGGAACUUAGCGGUAUUUAGUAAUCCUGCUUAUACUCCAACCGCCCUUUCAAAACAUGAGAUUCUUCUAAAGCGUGCUUAAGUUUUAAACACAUUUAAUAUCCCAUGGCUAGUCAAUGGGACGAAUGAAUAUGAGUUGUCAUACUGGAUUCCUAAACCUCACAAAACUCUUACAUAGAUCAUUGCUGGAUCCAGUGUAUGUUCUACCAAGCUUUUAUCUUUGUUCCUCACAACAUAUUGAUAGCGGUGAAGGAGAAACUUCAAACGUAUUGUGCCAAAGCAUAUAUCAGAAGUGGUGUAAAUCAAAUGUGCAUUCUAAAAAAAAUUCGUACAGUAAAUAUGAAAUCACAAUUUUUUUCUUAAAUGAAAUACAUCAGAACGUAUGACUUUUCAACAUUUUACACAGUCAUUCCUCGCGAUAAAUCAAACACUAUACUUUUUUUUUGACAACAUCACAGACAGUUGCUUCGUCAACAAAAAUGGUAAGAAAAGAAAUAUUCAUAUCUAAUGAUCCGUCAUUCAAAAACUUUCAUUAAACUAGGCACAAGUACUCUGUAGUUGAUAAUAAAAAGAUGCUGAGGUUCCUCAUUGAAAAUAUCGUAGUCUUUAGUUAUUAGUUUCCCAUGGGCAUGAGUUGUGCCCCUUUAUUAGCCGACCUGUUGUUUUUCUUUACUCUUACAAGGCAAAAUUUAUUCACAAGCUUCUACAUGAGAAGACAAAAUAUCUCGCUUUGGCCUUCAGCUCGACAUUUAGCUAUAUUGACAAUGUAUUAUCUAUUAACAAUAAUUUUAAUUAAUAUGUCUAUUCAAUAUAUCUAAGCGAACUCGAAAUAACGACACCACCGUGUUCUCCACACCUGCUUCGUACUUGGCAAUGUUAUUGAAAAUAUAUAUUAAAUGCAAACUAACAACUUAACUUUAUUACAAACGGGAUGACUUAAGUAUCUCCAUCGUCAACUUCUUAUAUUUAUAUGUAUCAGUUGCAUGCGUUGUUUGUGUAUUUCAAUUGAUGCGAUACAUGCACAAGAGCUUGUUCUGCGUAUGAUCAUUUUUAAAUCGCCGCAGACAACUGACAACCAAGUUGAUGUACCGGAGUUUCAACAAUCUUGUUUAAAGUGAACAUUUCGUAAAAUCUAUAGCCGUGAUAAAUAGGUAAAUAAAUUGCGCAUAGAAUUUACUUGAAAUUACUUUUGUUUUGCACAUUGAAAAUGGUGAGGGUAAAGGGGGUUCCAAAUGUCGCGUGCGUUCGGCUAUAGUACAUGUAUAUAAACAGACUGUACACGUGUAUAUAGGACUGCUUUUAAGGUACCUUUUAUGUCACAAAUUCACUAGAGGUGUACUACAGUUAAGUGUGCUAAAUUAGAUUACGGUUAUACUAACGCUGUAUAGCGCAACCCCCGAAAAAGUUACCCUGGCAAGAUUUUAUGCCAUAUAUGGGGAGAGAACGUUCCCUGGUGUUUCAGAUUUUCCCCAUGGUGUAAAAAGGGCGCAAGGGCUUGCUCCCAUUAGCAAAUGUAAAUAAUGCUCUAUUUUGAAAUAUAGACAUAGUAGAGUUUACAUUUUUCUAAAUGGAAGCAAGUCCCUGUUGGCUAUAGGAUUUCCUCUAUUAUCAAGCUUAUGUUACUGAUCCAAUUUAUAGCCGGUGAUGGACUUUUUUCUGGAUACUUUCAAAAUCCAAAACCACAUGGUCAAGACUCUGAAUUUCUCCUUAUUAAUUAAUUAACAUCAUGAGAUACGAUCUUUAUCAGAUAAAAAGACACGCCUUGACACGUUGGACCAGAUUAUCUACAUGUACAUGAGUUAGAUAGUAUGGGUGCGUAACGCGAUAUUGAAUCUGCAGCCGUCGCAACACAGUCCAUUGGCAGAUUCGGAGGAGGUUUCCGGGGGUUGGACCCCCCCCCCCCCACCUUUUUUUUCCUCUGGGACAUCUAUGUAUUUUUUAUUUUAGCAUUAUAAUGCUAAUUUGUAAGCAAUUAUUUUUUCAUCUACAAGUUCUCAACCAAAUCUUCAUUCAUUACCUACUCAGUGCUGUUACCCGCUAGCCUUCACCAUAGACGUAAAGAUUGAUGGAUACAAGACUGAAUAUAGAGAACGUGACUUCCAGCAAAUUGAGAGGAAAGGGGGGGGGGGUGCGACCCGGGAUUGUACAAUUUCCACCUCCAAAAGAAUACACUUAUGGAGGGAAUUUUCCCACUUUUUUAAUAAUGAACAAUAUAUGUAUUUUAUAUUAAUAUUUAUGCAAAUAAAAGAUAUAUACUGGGACCCCACCACCACCACACACAUACUUAUGUUAUCAGUAGACUUGCAGUGAAUGAGAAUGUAGUGAAAGUUACGAAUAAAAACUAUUUAACGAAGUGUGACCAUUAAAAGUAAGAAAAGCCCCCCUCCCACUCCCCAUGAUUUAAGAAAAUGAAGUUCUGGGAAAAAAUUAUUUUUAGAGGCAGUCAAAGUAGAACCCCAACCCCUCUCUUUCCCCGCUUUUCCCUACGAAGUAGAAUUUUGAAGAUAAUUGGGAGAGACAUCUUGGUUUGUUUGUGUUUUUCCUUUCUUUUAUAUGAACAUGUAGUUUGAUUAUACCCGCACUUUCUAAAGAAAGUUCGGGUAUAUUAUUGUUACCCUGGUCCGUCCGUCCGUCUGUCACACUUUCUUCUUCCUCAAGCUGCUCUUUUAUUUCAAGUGGUAACCAAUUGAUCUUUUGGAAUAUGAUAGGUGGUGUACUGUAGAUAUAUGAUAAGAUUUUAGAAUAUUCAAUUUUACCCUGGGGGCAAAACGGGGGUAAAAAAAAUGACGUUUUUUCAACAAAAAUCUGGUUCCCAGAACUUCUCCUACAUUUCAUGCAGUAACCCAAUCAUCUUUUGGAAGAUGAUUGGUUGGGUCCUGUAGAUGUGCAAUAAGGUUUCGGGAUUUUCAUUUUCACCCUGGGGGUCGAAAAUAAUGCUUUUUAACACAACCUUGGUUCCCAGAACUCCUCUUACAAUUUACACAGUAGCCUCAUAAUUUUUUGGAAAAUGAUUGUUGGUGUCCUGUAGAUGUGCAAUGAGGUUUUGGAAUUUUCAUUUUCACCCUAGGGGUCGAAAAAAGACGAUUUUGUACAAAGAAACCCUGGUUCCCAGAACUCCUCUUACAUUUUACACAGUAGCCUAAUAAUCUUUUGGAAGAUGAUUGCUGGUGUCCUGUAGAUGUGCAAUAAAGGUUUUGGAAUCUUCAUUUUCACCCUUGGAGUCAGAUGAGGGUCGAAAAAUGAUGGGUUUUUUUGCACAAAAGAACUCUGGUUCCCAGAACUCCUCUUACAUUUUAAGCAGUAUCCUAAUAAUCUUUUGGAUGAUGAUUGCUGGUGUCCUGUAGAUGUGCAAUAAGGUUUUGGAAUUUUUAUUUUCACUCCUGGGGUCAAAUGAGGGUUGAAAAUGACAUUUUUGCACAAAAGAACACUCAGGUCCCCAUAACUUUUUUGACUUUUGACGUUUUAAGCAAUAUCCUAAUAAUCUUAAUUUUAAAAUAACGAUUGUGGCUUCUUUGCCAGUAAUACCAAUAUGACGAAGAGUAUAUUUAAAGGCAAACACUUGUGUGCGGGUAUUACUGUCUUAUGAUA